AAGAUCAACACGUUCGCGCUGUGCGCGUCUAUGGUUCUGCUCGCGUGGAAAGUGAAGGAGGAAAAAUUUCGUGACGUGCUUAACCCACACCUUCUCCUUGUAGUGCCCGUAAAAUGCCUGGGUUUCUGUGAUUCUCCGUUUCAGCCCUAUAAACGUUCGAUCCACAAGAAAAUCGAUCGAAUCUGUUCGAGCAACGAUACGAAUGUUCGACGGAAGAAAAUAAUGCUUGUGCUUGCGUAUGGACACCAGUGCCAGAUACGAUAGCUAGGUUUUACUAUAAGUAAAAAGCGAACUGUACUGUUCCAAAGGCAGUAUGAGCAAUCCCUAUAGAGCUAGACCUGUAAGGUCUAAAGUAGAUCAUAAUUUAGGAUAUGGAGCCCAUAAUCAAAAUAUGUGGAACCCAAUACCAAGAGUGCAAGCGGAUCUAUCAUCCAAUGACUCCAUGCAACAACAAACUACAGUUAUGAAUCAGUCGAAACAGGCUGCUGAUCCUUGGAAUAAUUCAUGGAAUUGGGACUUUGAUAAGCAAGCAGAUAAUCAGCAACAACAACAACAACAACAACAGCCUCCUCAACAAGAUCAGCAACCACAACAGCAUUAUGCACCGCCAUAUAAAAAUCAAGGACAGCUGAUAUCCAAUUCCAUUCAAGAUCAUUAUUACCAAAAUGUUAAUGGCAAUAAGACCGAUUUAAUUAAUCAGAAUAUCAUGCCAGAUGGAAAUAUGCAUGGAACAAUUGGCAACAAACAGCCCAUUUCAAACCAUUCGGAUUCCUAUCCAUCUUAUUUAAAUUAUCCAUACCAACAAUAUCCACCGCCACCUAGAUCCACUUCUGAUAAAUCUGUGUCUUUAGAUUAUGAUCGUUCCCAGUGGGCAAACGAGCCUCAGCCUCAAACUGUUCCAUAUCCACCACAAAAAUCCUCUCUACAAAGCCAAGAGGAUCAAACAGGAUAUCCUUUCUUAGCUGGUAGCAAUUAUAAUUGGCACAAACCAGAUCAAACGAAUUCAAUGCCUGCGAAUAAUUGGCAGAACAAUGCGCCAGCUGAUUGGCAGGAUCCAGAAAUGGAUACAAAUAUAAAAAGUUUUGAUGACAUGGGUAAUCAAUGUCCACCAUCGUCGCUACAACGAAAUAGAUCAUAUUUGCGGCCUCCACCCGCCCCUGAAAACAUAAAGAAAGAACAUUCCACGAACGAUGCAAACAACUGGCCAAAUCAAAUGAACAUGUCGGCAUUUAGCGAUUUCAGGUCCUGGUCUCAACCGACAAGCACGGAUUCUCUUCAGCAAUGGAAGCAUACAAAUGAGUCGCAUAGUAACCAAUGGUUGCAAGAGCAACGGAAUAAUAACUUGCCAGAAGAGAAUAUGAAGCCAGACAAUGCCGGUGUUAUUCCUUCGAAUGAUUGGCAUCCAAAUCGUACAGUACCUCCUCACUAUUCGCUACCGAAUAUACCUCCGCCUAUAGAAUCUGGCAUAGAGCCGGAAGAGAGGAAGAAAUCUGUACCAUCGUUAAUCUCGAAAGAUCCUGGAAUACAUGCAAAAACGAGUGUCACGAAGACGCAAUUAUCUGAUUCUCGAUUGAACAUGUCGUCUACUCCAGAAACUGUAUCCACUGUUACAAGUUCAGAAAAUGUUUCUGUUCAAGAGAAUAGCGAGUUCAAUUCGGUGAGUGACUUGGUAGACUGGGGAAAGAAUAAUUCACCAGAGGAACUACCUACGAAAUUAGAACAGAUGAGCCUUGGCCCUAAAACUAGCAAACUUCUAGAACAUCAGAAUGAAUCUUCCGAAGCUUCGGUUCCUGUUGCAUCCGGGGAUGCAUGGUCCCAAAGUACGACUCCUCAUAAUUCCACCACAGAUCAGAUCCCUGUAGUGCCUUUGGACUACACUAGUACUGGUGUGGAGCUUCCCCAUCCCAUUGAUAAUCAAGCAGUGGUAAAUAAAGAACAUUCUGCACAAAGUGGAUAUCAGGCAACGAGCCUUGCACCAAUAGACAACGUGGUGCAAAGCGGGUAUGACCAGUGGUACAAUCAGAGCACGCUACCGCGUUCUGCGGAGAAUCCAUGGUAUCCUAAGGAUCUUACCAGGUCGACAAAGGAUUGGAGUGCUGAGCAGAACGUCGAGAAUUAUGAGAUCAUUCAGCAGCCUGCGGAAUUUGUCAAUUUGGAGGUAGUCACGCCAUCAUUGCAGGAACGCGAUAUCUACGGCUCGAGGGAUUCAAUAAAUAAAGAAACGCUGGAUAACGAUCCGAAACCGGUUGUUAAUCCUGUUAAGGAGGCAGUCAGCACGCGCGACUUUCGGCAAGAGGUGAACAACGUCGAGGUACCUGCUGCUCAACAACCGACACGGUCUCUUCCAUCUCUCCAACCGGAACAAGUGCCCGACAAUUAUGAGUUUGCGUCGAAUGAUAGGAAUACAUUCUUGGAGACCGGAGAGCUAACAGACUCGCAUCAGGAGCAUGAGCCGACUCCACCGAGUCAGGACGAUGAAAACGACGAAGUGCCUAAUGAUAUUCCUUUCCUGCGAGAAGUACCAGGUCAAUCGAGUUCUAUAGACCCGAGGCGGAACGAUCCAACUGGCCAGGAGCAGUACGUCCAGUCUGCUCAGAGACUGGACCCAAGGAGGAAUGAUCCUUCGGGUCAGGAGCAGGGAUUGCAGUUGAGGAACAUCACUGAUAGAUCUGAGCGACGGGAUAUCCCUCCUGGCCAGGAGAGAAGCGUUUCUCUGCUCUCGCGAUCAGACUCGGACACGUUGGAACGCCGAAAUGAUCCGUCUGGCAGAGAACGCUCGUUGCCUCCUCAACAAUCUCGUAACGAUCCUUCUGGGGAGGAGAGGCAGCAGUCGCAACCUCAGAUCAUGUUAGAAUCCAGCGAGACACGGGAAGUUCCUGGUAGGGGCAAUGAGCCCGAAGAGCCUAAUCAGCAGACGGAUGAGAAUCUCAGGCAGAUACCUGGAGGCGCGUCUCCCAACGAGGUUACCCAGUCCUUGGACGACAGACCCAAUGGGAGAGUGGUCACAGGGUCCCAGGAAGUUCCUUCUAUGAGCUCCGCUAUAUCGGAUCAAGUGAGUGAUUCGAGGAGCAAGCGAGAGGAAGCUGUUGGGGCAUCUAUACGCGAGGCCCAAGGAGCUUCCAGCUCCUCAAAUCGCAGAGAUUCGUACGAUGAUGAGAAUGAUGAAGGUUCCGGGAACAGCAGGGACGAUAGUAGGGAAAGGCGACGUGACAGCAGCUCGGAACGGAGACGAUACGAGUAUGAACGGAAGAACUAUUACGAUCGUGAACGAGAAUACGAUGACGACUAUUACUAUGACCGUCGUCGCGGUGCAGAGACCGAUCGAUCCUACAACAGCCGCGACGAAUUCGAUCGUCGAGAAAUGCCUUACAGGGAGGACGAUCGGAAGCAUCCCAGCCGGGAUGAUUUGGAUAGACACACCCGGGAAGAUCUGGAGAGGAGGAACAAACCUAAAGACGAUCUCGAUGAACGAGACAGUAGGAGACGACCCGAUGAUCGUAGACGAGAUAGGGGCGAGGACGUACGUCGUAGGGAAAGGGAGAUCCGGGAUUACGAUCCCCGGCAUCCUAGAGAUCGGGAUUAUCUCGAUCGGGAUAGGAGAAGGGACGACAGACGACCGAGACGAUACGACGAUUUCGAUAUCAGAGAUCCUUACUACGAUGAUCCGUAUAGUAGGGGGUCUAGACCAUCUAGUAGGUCAUCCUACAACGACAGAGACCGAGCGUACUAUAUGAGGUCGAGGGACCAUUACUAUGGUUAUAACGGUUACCCUGGAUACGAUUAUGGUGUUCAUUAUGCUAAUAAUUAUUACGCGUACAUAGAGAAUUUACGACGGACGAAUCCUGCCGCUUAUUCGGAAUGGUAUCACAAGUAUUAUGCUAAUCAACAUCAGCAACAGCUUGUGUCCCGUGGAGUCACUAAUUAUCCAGAAGAUAGGGCCAGCGUUCACUCGGGUCGUAGCUCUUGCGACGAUAGAUUUUUUACGAAUCCAAGCGCAUGCUUACACUCGCCAAACAAAGCAUUGUAUGUCCCGUAUUUCGGGUGUCCUGGAUGGGCCAGGAGUCCGCAACGGAAACGACCGUGUUGUCUAAAUUUGAAUAGAACAACCGGUGACAAACGAACUUUAGGCGACACGUCUGUGCUUGAGGACUCGACGAGUGCUUCAGCAAGGAUGACUCCUACUAAGUUUUCAACUUCACAUGCAUACGGGUGUUUCUCGAUCGGAUCAUUGAUUCACGUGCUUCCAUCUUAUCCAACCGAUGGUGAAAGAGCUAAGGUGGACAUUCUUAAACUGGACAAUCUACUUUCACAUGAUCCCGUGACCCGUGAUUUACGGACGUAUCCUGGACCUUUAAUUAAAGGUGUCACUCAUAAAAAGACAAUUAUCGAAUACUGCGAGAAUAAAAUAAAGAAAGCAGCGGCGAACGAAGAGAUGAUCGAUCGUGCCUCGUACAUACUUUUGUAUGAAUUAAUGAUCAUGUUGAUUCAGCAGAACGGCAAUGUUGUCGGCGUUGACAUAGCGGCGUUGUUGCUCAGGAACAAGGAAACGUAUCCUUACGAGUUAAACAAGAAAUCGCAGGAUUCGGGAAGAAGAGAGUCUGUGAUCUCUCAAAGAUCGGGACUAGGUGGAGAUGGAUUUCAAGGUAGUCAAGAAUGUAGUACGGCUGCUUCAGAGAAGAUUGAAAGCAAACCACGAAAAAGCAUUGAGCAAAUAACGGACGAAUUUCGAAAUACACUGCUCUACGGUUUAGUUCAAGAGGCGCUGGAGUAUGCUAUGACUGAGGGACUUUGGGGACACGCGUUGUUCCUGGCCAGUAAGCUGGACAAACGCACCCACGCAUCAGUGAUGACCCGCUUUGCUAAUAGUUUACCGUACCAUGACCCAUUGCAAACACUGUACCAGCUGCAUUCUGGUCGUGUACCUGCCGUCGUCACCGGUAUCUCGGAUCCCCGCUGGGACGAUUGGAGACCCCAUUUAGCUAUGAUCAUAUCCAAUACGUCCUCUAAUCCUGACAUUAACCGUCGCUCUAUCACAACUCUCGGGGACACACUUUCCGCGCGAGGAGACAUUCACGCUGCCCAUUUCUGCUACAUUCUCUCGCAAGUUGACUUCGGGGCCUAUGAAGCUAGCAAUGUGAAACUCGUGCUAAUCGGUGCAAAUCAUCAUAAGCCUUACAACACGUUCCUCACGACGGAAGCGGUGAUGCUCACGGAAAUCUACGAGUACGCAAGAAACCUCAGCGAGCCAGGAUUUACGUUGGUGGAUCUGCAGACCUUUAAGUUCGACCUGGCGUUGAAGAUGAUGGAUCAUGGACUGAUCGAAAAAGCGUUAUUGUACAUAGAACAAAUUGCAGUGAACAUCACCAGUGAGCCGUCGAAAUACAAGAAGUCGUUCAUCUCCGCGGUCUACAAUCUUGGGGACAGGAUCAAGUAUCAUGACCCGGUUUACAAGGAUUCCACCGAUGAAGCUGUAACUUUACUUUGGUUCGAUAAUUUAGCUGAAAUUGUUAGCAAAUGCUAUUCUGGCGAAAUAGUCGAGAACGAUACCUAUGGAUCGCAAGCGAAGCAGGAGUCUUACAGUAGCAUGCAAAAUCAGGACAUGUAUGAGAUGAAGCACCCGCAACAACAGCUACAACAACAACAACAAGCCCAACUCUGGAAUCCUCCCCAACCGGACUACAGAGAGGGACCAACGUCGAUGAUGGAGGUUCCCUCGACCGAUGUGCAAUCAGAAUGGCAACCAUUGUCAUUGCCGUCCAAUAUACCGGACACGUACGACCAAUCCAUGCAAUAUUCGAGAAACAAUGAGGAAUCCUACCAACCGUCGCAACAACAAGAUUACUGGAACCAAGACUCUUAUUAUCAGAGUAAUUACGGGAGGAAUGACAGUACUGUUAGCAACUGGCAACAACAAUCAACAGGUGCACCGUAUCCCCCCGAACAAGGUGACACCGACAAUUCUCAGCUGCAGGAAAAAUGGAACUAUGAGACGGAAAGAGAAGAUAAAACAGCCACUCCUGAACCACCGAAACCGGCGAUUUCAAUGACACCGUCAACGAGGAAGCAGUUCGAUCCACUGGAGGAGUUGGACGCGUUGGAGACUACGGGCUCCAAGCAAACAGCAGGUGCCAAAAAGCCUCCGGAAAAGCCAACCGAGAAGAAGCCGUCCAACACCGGAGGUUCCUGGAUCGGCGGAUUGUUCAGCAAGUUUGCUCCGAAACCGAAGAACCAAAUGAUUUUGCCCGAUGACAGUAACCCAACGAUUGUGUGGGAUCCCGUUGCCAAAAAGUGGAUGAACAAGGAUGAAGACGGCGAUGGUAGUUCUGCGACAUUAGCUCCCCCUCCAAAGGCUUCUGACAUGGGAUUCAGGCCACCUGUAGCGGAACAAUCUUCUCAAGCACCUCAGCUACCUCAGCCACCUUCCCAAGCCGAAGAUUCCGGCGUUAAUAAAUUCAAAUUACCGAAGGGAAGGAGUAUGCGCGCUAAUUACAUAGACGUAAUGAAUCCGACUGGUUCGAAGGGCACCACUGCACCAUCAAACAUGCCAACCCCCAUAACGUCUCCAAUUGUACCUAUGGCAACUUCUUCGCCUCAAUUAUUCAUUCCCGCGCCAGUGAACGAUCUGAAUACGACCGUGACCUCCCUAACAUCAACGUCGACGCCUGCUGCACCAUCGGCGAACGUUUCCGAAAAUGCAUCUCAAGGACUCUCUCGAUGGAGCUCAACCAGCUCGUUAUCGCGAGAGGUGCAGAGCUACACAAUGAGGGAUCCGCGUCUCCUCCCAAGGAACAAGGGACCAACGAUGUACAACCCGAAUGAUAUGAAGAAUCAUUCAGGGAAAGCUAUACAGCAGAGUCGGUAUCCUCCGCGAUAGAAUUCGCGCGAUGUUCCACGACGAGCUCGCUGAUCAGGAUCAUUUAUGCGAAUCAAAGUUUUUUGUAAGGCACACAGACACACCGGCAAAAAUACCUCAGGAUAAGUAAGUGAACAGCAAUGAACGCACUACUUGUUUCAGUCGAUUGUAUACAAAAGUUUCAAAUCCAGCUUUAAUUUGACCUGGACUCCCCUUUAGCAAAUGCGAAAGGAAAGUAACAGGUUCUACGACUCUCAAGUAAACUGUCGCUAUUGUUUUGCGAAAGACUAUUAUUACCACUUUGUGUUGUUCAGCUUAUAUUUUCUGUUUUUGUUUAAUCGAAUUUCACUGGAAAUAGAUACAGGGUACCGUUUUGUACAUUUAGUUUCCUUUAUACGGAAUGUUUUCGCGGGCUCAACAAGAAGCAUAAGAAUAGCAGAAAUCUUAGAUAUUUUCCUUAUUCUAACUCCAAGUGGGCUGAAUCAUGUUGCUGAACCGUUUUAGUGCGUUUAAAGUUCAUACUGUUCUAUAGCGUCACUGAUGAAGCGCCAGAAUUCCAAUAGCGAAGGAACGUAAUUGAAACACGUGUCGAAAGAGAGAGAGAGAGAGAGAGAGAGAGAGAGCGUGAAUGUGAGAGAGAAAUGUUAAUUUACGAUCGUAAAAGAGAAGAGUAUUAACUUGCACGCGAAUCAAUUGCGAAGUUAACUAUAGCAGAAAUAAUGUUGAUCGUAUCGCGACAAUUUGUUACACACGUCUAGGGACACGAUACGAUAUGAAGUCUGAUUUUAUACACUGGAUGGAGAAACAAUUAUUGCAUUAUAUAAAGCGAAGCGUGAGAUAUCGAUGAUGUAAGAAAUGUUAGGUAUAUGAAAAAUUUUAUGGAUCCCAUUGUUAGGUGAUGUGCAAUGCAGCUACUGUUAUUAACUAUCGAGCUAAUUGUAUCAUUACACCAAGGUUGUAACUAAUAAGAAGCGUGACUGCCAUUCUAUCGACGCGGAUCAGAAUAAUCGGCGAAAGUGCUUUGCGUCCUGCUUCUUCCUGUUUGCAUUAUUAUUCGAGCCGGGAUCUUAAAUUUCCGUUUCCUACUGUAAAGUCUUUCUUCUAGCACUUUAGAUAGAGUAACGUAGAGCGCGAAGAACGUUCCAACGCCAGAGUAUAGCCGCCGCCUUACGCAUUUUUUUACAAAACAAAUUACCACACGAUUUUUCUCGUCUAUUCGUCGAUAUAUCUUCUUUAUACUAUUAAAAAGGUGCACAGUUUGCUUAACACUUUGCAGUCCGUCGACGCUCUGACGCUAUCUUGCAAAAAUUGAUCACAAAUCUGUUGAUAUACUAUACAUAAUAGCAAAGUGUUUCGAGGAAAAUGGUGCUUCUACGACAUUCGAAUAUGUAAUUCGUCGAUAAUACCAUAAAAUGAUUAAUCUGCCGGAGCGACUCGUUUUAAAAACGUAUACUAAUGAUUGCUCCGAAAGUCUGUGCUUUUUUCUGAUCAUUACUUUCGGUGAUAUAUUCCAUACUUACAUAUAUUUUAACUAACUUUAAACAAGAAAGAAAUUUAGUUUCAUUACGUGUAACUCACAACCGAUAGUGGAGAUGUGGGGACUCGAUGACGCGAAGGGUAGAAAUUUACGAUGCGAUGUACAAACACGUAGGGUAAGCUUUUGAUCGGUUUUUCAUGAUGAUGUGCAGCGUUUUGUGAUAGAACAACGAUCGAGUGCAAAACGACACAUUGCAAAGACGGUUGAACAGAACGUAUCGAAUAUGUAUUACGUGUCCGUCGAUUUGACAAAAGUGAAGAAAUGAGGGAGAACAUUUUCAAGAACAUGUAGUAGGUUUUAUUCUAUUUGUAUCAGGAAUUUGAAAGGAACGGGAAGACAGAAGAAUUACAUUCUCAUUUAUGGCAAAUUAUAUUCUUUCCUCCCUGCCAUUGAUCACAAUUGGAGUGAUGCUGGUUUUGUCAAUUCUUGUGAAAUACACGGUAGAUUUCCUUUGAUUUUAUACUCAUGACAUGAAACUAUGCUUUCAAAACGUAUAUAUCGCGCAUAAAUUGUAGCAUACUAUAAUGCGAAUGCGUUCCUUAGUGUACGUUACAUGUAUAUACGUAUAUAUAGAUAUCUAUUGAAAUUCUUGAUUUGUACAUAUUAUAUAAGUGUAAGUUUUCCCGGAGAACACAACAAGAGUGCAUUUAAAGCAAAAUCGAUAAUACCAUUCUUUCCUAAAAAUCUGCAUUCAAAAUCAGAAUAAUUCUUUUUGUGAAAAAUGGCAUUUCGUAGCGAAUAACAUGUUUCUGUUGCGUUGUUCCUUUAUUUUAGCUGCGAAUGAUAAAUUAUUAGAAUAAAUUUGGCAUUCCGGUCGGUGCUUCAAAUUGAUUUCUGCCAAGCUCGAAAGUUUUUUCUUUUGCUCAACAAUAGAAUUUCGAGUAUGUAUAUGUAUAAUAAGUAGAUAGCGAACAGGUGAUCGACAGCACAUUGAACUAUUCGGAACUUACCGAUGCUAUACACAGCGGCAUGCGAAAAUGUUCAUACACCGCUGACUUUUACCAUCCUCCCUUUUACUAUUUUAGUAAUAUUCUCGGUAAAUUAUAACAUUAAAUUACGAAUGUCCUUCAUUCCUGAAUUGUAUAUGGUAAUUUCGAUUCCUAUUGAGACGUAGGCCGAUGGAAAUAAUUGUUGAUUUAGUGUUACACAGAAAACAGAAUUGUCAGUUGACAGUAAGCGUCACCGGUCUAUGAAUAGAUUUAAUUCUGUCACUGUAUAUACUUGCAAUUAAUCCACAAAUGACAGGGGAGGACUACGGAUACACGUUAAAGUUGAACAGAAGUAUUACUUGAGCUGUAUGUUAUGUAUGUAUAUGAUGGUUUAUGAGUGACUCGUUUCGGGCUUAAUGUAACAUAUUCCGAUAUAUAUCUUUAAUGCACUUUGCGGUUCAAACGUUCGAUGUAUGUUUAUGGGAAAAUAUGGAUAAUGAGAAAUGUAUACUGCAUAUUAUUACUACUACCACUAUCCCAUUAUUAUUGCUAUUAUAAUAAAGAAUCGUACAACUUA